UUCACUCAGCCCACCGUGCUUUACUGAGGAAGAUCGAUUCAGCCUAGAAGCUCUCCGCAUGAUCCAUAAGCAAAUGGAUGAUGACAAAGAUGGUGGUAUUGAAGUAGAUGAAAGUGAUGAGUUUCUAAGGGAAGAUAUGCACUACAAGGAUGCCUCUAAUAAACAUAGUCACCUGCACAGAGAAGACAAACAUAUCACCAUUGAAGAUCUGUGGAAACGCUGGAAAACGUCUGAAGUUCAUAACUGGACUCAAGAAGACACUCUUCAGUGGCUGUCAGAAUUUGUUGAACUGCCCCAAUAUGAAAAGAAUUUUAGAGACAGCAAUGUCAAUGGAACAACACUUCCCAGGAUAGCAGUUAAUGAACAUGCUUUCAUGAUAUCUCACUUGAAAAUAAUUGACCGGAGCCAUAGACAGAAGCUUCAGCUUAAAGCCUUGGAUGUUGUUUUAUUUGGACCUCUCACACGUCCCCCUCACAACUGGAUGAAGGAUUUUAUAUUAACAGUCUCUAUAGUUAUUGGUUUUGGAGGCUGCUGGUUUGCAUAUACACAGAACAGAACCUCAAGAGAACAUAUCACAAAAAUGAUGAAGGACUUGGAAAGUCUCCAAACAGCAGAGCAAAGUCUUCUUGACUUGCAGGAAAGGCUUGAGAAGGCACAAGAAGAGAAUAGAAAUGUUGCAGUGGAAAAGCAAAAUCUAGAGCGCAAAAUGAUGGAUGAGAUUAAUGACGCAAAACGGGAAGCUCAUCGCCUAAGGGAGUUGAGGGAGGGAGCUGAAUGUGAGCUCAGCAGGCUCAAAUAUGCAGAGGAAGAGCUAGUACAGGUUCGCAUGGCUUUAAAAAAGGCUGAGAAGGAGUUCGAGCUGAGAAGUAAUUGGUCUGUUCCCGAAGCUUUGCAGAAGUGGCUUCAGUUAACACAUGAAGUUGAAGUACAGUAUUACAAUAUCAAAAGACAGCAUGCAGAAAUGCAAUUAGCAAUCGCCAAAGAUGAGGCAGAAAAGAUAAAAAAGAAGAGAAGCACUGUAUUUGGAACAUUACAUGUUGCACACAGCUCCUCCCUAGAUGAAGUGGACCAUAAAAUCCUUGAAGCAAAGAAAGCACUCUCUGAGUUGACAACGUGUUUGCGAGAGCGUCUUUAUCGAUGGCAACAGAUUGAGAAGAUUUGCGGUUUUCAAAUAGCACACAAUUCUGGGCUACCAAGCUUGACCUCCUCUCUCUACUCUGAUCACAGCUGGGUAGUUAUGCCUCGAGUUUCCAUUCCUCCUUACCCAAUUGCAGGGGGAGUUGAUGACUUAGAUGAAGAUACUCCUCCAAUAGUUUCACAGUUUCAUGGGUCGAUUGUAAAACCUCCCAGCACACUGGCAAGAAGCAGUAGCUUGUGUCGAUCGAGACGCAAUGUUGUGCCAUCAUCUCCACAGUCUCAGCAUGCUUUGCACUCCCCUGACCCUGACAUCCUUUCUGUGUCGAGCUGCCCAGCUCUUUAUCGAACUGAAGAGGAGGAGGAAGCCAUUUACUUCUCUGCUGAUAAACAAUGGAUCAAAAGCAAUGUCAGCUACUGGGCGAAGAGAAGAUGGAUGGUAACACAAUUCUUACAGCAUGUUGAGCGUGUACCUACUCUUGUUACAUGGCCUCAUAGGAAAAGGUUAAAUUCCUUUUGGAAGGAGCAAAUGAGCUUGUUGAAAGGGAAGUACAGGAAACAGGUUCGGAAUGUGACUCCUUAAAUUCAUCCACUGGAAGGAAGCAGUCUCCUCCAGCAAGUCUUGAGAUGUACCAGACACUUUCUCCUCAGAAAGCAUCCCCAGAAGAAUUCUCACUGGAGGAAUCAUCUACAGGAGACUCCUCUUCUCUAACUGCAGAUAUUUCUAGGGGCUCUCCUGACUGUGUAGGCAUGGCAGAAACUAAGAGCAUGAUCUUUAGUCCUGCAAGCAAAGUUUAUAAUGGAAUCCUGGAGAAGUCCUGCAGCAUGAACCAGCUUUCAACUGGGAUCCUAGUCCCAAAGCCUCGGCACACCUCGUGUUCUUCAGCCAGCAGUGAUAGUAAACCCAGCCAUGAAGCUGCUUCUGUCCCUAGGAUAAGUAGCAUCCCACAGGACCUGUACCAAAAUGGUGAAAAAAACAAAAAGCCAUCGAAAAUAAAAAGCUUCUUUAAGAAGAAGUGUAAGUGAGGUGGGCAGAAGAAACCUAUAGUAAUAUUACAAGAACUCUAUUUUUUAAAUCUUUAGGAAUGUAAUUCCAUUUGAGCAUUCCAAACUGGAUGCCCUAAUGGAAUGCUCUGUAGGUCAACUAUAUUUAACUGACUGUACUGUCAAAGGUCGUGCCAGCUGUCAAUGAGAAAUCAUUAAAAAGU